UUACACGACCCAUGCCACAAACACAGGUUAGCGUCAACCAGCUGAACGGUGAGAGAGAGAUCUCUCGUCAAAUUCAACCUCCUCCUCCUUCCUUCCAUUUCCAGAAGGAAGAAGACGAGGUACACGGAAGAACAAAGAAAGAAAGAAAGAAAGAAGGUAGAAGAGCGACUGUCCAUGAGGGUUUCAUCUUUCUCUCUGUUCAUAUUUCAUUGCCGAGUUUAAGUUCUUGCCAUAAUUUCAAUCUCUCCCUCUCUGCUUCGCUCGUUCUCUCUAUAGAUUCUCUUGCAAAUUUUUGAGAGUUACGGUUAUUAACCAUGGGAACGGAAGUUUUACGGCCUCAGGAUUGUUUGAUUGAGAGGAUCAGACGGCCUCCGGUUUCGAUUUACCGACAGAGUUAUGGAAAUUGCUGUAAUCAUAAUAAAAAUUAUGUACCAAGCUCUAGAUCUAGUCGAAAACCGGCGAAACGACCUGAGAGUUCAGGUAAAAGGAGACGAGUUGUUGUUCCGAGCCAACCGAUUCCGGUGACGUCGGUCUCGAGGAGAUCUAGCUCCGAUGAUUUGAGAAUGGCGAGGAGCAGCGGGAUGAUGAGGGAGAAGGUCACGAUUCUUCGAAGAGGCGAGUCGCUUGAUUCGAAAAUCAUGUGCGAGGCCUUAACGAAGAAGGGUGGUGACGAUUUCAUGACUUGCCCCGUUCAAGCCAUUUACGCCGGAUCGGCGUUCGUGGUAUCUCCGUUGCCGAGCGCGCUUCCUCUGCCUUCUUUUUCAAAGAAACAACCGUCUGCAGUAGUCGCCGACUCUGCAACGCGAGAUCUUCGGCGUCUGCUCAAACUCGAAUGACAUGUCGGUUUGUUGAAAUUAGGGUUUGGAUUGGGUCGAGCUGGAAGGGAUCUAUUUCACACUUCCUUAAUCCAUUCGUUUUCACCUUAGAAUCUUCUUCAUGAAUCAAACUUCUCCUUGUCCUUGCGUCGAUGUUAUUGCGUCCCUCCCGACGUGAAGUUCGACCUUACCGUGAUUUUUUAAAACGGAAGGGUAGAACUGAAAUCGGGGGUACAAAAUUGGUGCAAACAGGUGAAAAUAAAGUUUGUCAUAGACUCGUAGAGUCGUAGGUGUAUCAUUGUUAUGUGGGGUUGUUAAUUGUAUUUGUAAUUGUAAUUAGCUUGUAAUCUGAGGUGAGAAUGGUUAAAAUGAAAGAAGUGAGGAAAUGGGAGGUUGAUUUGGAGAAUCGGCAAAGCGCUUGGGCUGGAUUAGGUGGACCUUGAAUAAUUUUUUUUAGCAUUGUUUUUGACUUUAAGAAGGACCGAGUGCCUUUUAUCUUUGGUGUAGUGGAGUAAAAUCUUUAAAUCAGGUAUCUGGGCUUACUGUGUAAUGUUAAACAAGAUGCAAUUUUAAUUGUCUUGAUUUCAUCAAA